GGUAAAGUCCCUUUUACUUAAGAGGGAAAGUACCUUUAUUCAAAAAUUUAUUAUAACGUAUUCAAAACCUGUUUAAUUUUUGGCUUUAUUCCGCUAAAAAAUCAGCAAAAUGGUUUUCUCUUCAAAACUUACUGAAGAAGAGCAAAUGCUGAAGCGUCAAUACGAAGUUUUACGGAAUUUGAAAAAAGAACUCAAAGUUUUGACGUUAAAACGAAAGCAAGCUCAAGAAGAAAGUUCUGGAAACACUGCGUCUUCAAACAAACAAAAUAAAACAAUAUUGCCAGGUACUAAAGGUCCAGGCACUAAGCCACAAGAUUUUCUCGCAACGAAACAGAAAUUAGCUGUAAAACCAAUAAAGUCCUUCAAUGCCGCAGCUAAUACUGAGGCUGCAAAACAGCUGCUAAAAUCUGGGGCCAUUCACGUAAAAGCAGAAAAGAAAACGGCGUUUAAACGGUCUUCAAAUUUGAAAAGGAAACUUACAACGGAAACAGAUCAAACAAAACGCUCAACAUUUCAGUCGUUUAGCACUGGCAGUGACAGUACUGGUACAGACAAUGAAGAAAUUGCUGAAAGCAAAAUAUCUAAAUUGGACACUGAUAAUGCCCAACCGAUAAGUGAGCACUAUAAACCUAAGAAAGAACAAAGGACAAGAGCUCCAAGAAGAGAAAAGAAAACUGAGAAAAAAGCUCCCAGAAAAGGCAACACAUUGUACGUACAUGGUUACGUUGUCAGCGAAAAAAUGAUUGAACAAUAUUUUUCAAAAUUUGGAAAUAUCAUAAAAGUUAAUAUGGAAAGGGAGAAAAAUUCAGCGUUUGUAUCCUAUGACACAUUUGAAGCAGCCGAACACGCUAUUUCUGAAUUAGAUGAUUCGCUGGUUGACGAUUGUCGCGUAAAAGUGUCGCUAGCCAGGCACCAACCUCUAUUGGCUUCGGUUACACAGGAAACCCCAUGGGGCGGCCUGGCUGAAAGAGGGGACAAAGGAGCUUCAAUUCCAGACAGCAGAACACUGGUUACAUAUGGAGAUGAUCUGUUUUGAAUUCGUUGUAAAAUUGACAUAAUAUAUGUUAUAGUUUAGCACUGCCAAUAAAUUCAGUUUUUGUUCAAAAA